UGGCUGGCACAUCGGAGCACGGGUCAAUGCGGCAACAUGCGUGCGCCCCCUGCGUGCCACUGUUUGCCCUGCUGGCCCACGGCUUGGUGCUCAAGGUCCUGGAUGGCGGCAAACUCCUCCUGGAGCUGUUCCACCAGGUCAUCGCAUUCACCGCGCAAGUCGGCAUUGGAAUCGGCCAGUGCGGUGUACACAGCGGCCUGCUUCUUGCGUGA